UCCUCUUAAAGGAAAAUAUUGCUUUGCUAGCUUUGAAUAGGAGUAAUCCAUUCCUUUUGUAAGCUUUUUUAAUGGAUGCAUCUGUGGCUAUUGGCUGAGGCUGCCCAGAGAUUUGCAUGAGCAGGGAGGGAGUGUCUGUAUCUUUAACACCAGGAACUAAAUGACUGCAGUUUCAUUGGGAUUAAACUACCAAGGGAAUGAAAGGAUCACACAGCACACGGGAGUAUAGAGCUGGCUACUAAAGCCUUCUAACCUGGAUAUGGGGCAACAAGCCAAUCUAACCAGGACCAGUCUAAGCAAUGUACAGCACAUCUUGUUCCUGUGUCUAACUGUUCCCUUCACUGGACCCACUGUCAGCUCAGCAAGUUACAGCACAGCUACGGAAUUGCUAUACAUGCUGCAUGAAGGCUCACCCAAGGGGAUUCUUAUUGGAAACAUUGUGCAUGAUCUGCAGCUGGGUUUCUUUCCUGACCCCCCUCUUUCAUUCAGCCUGGCAUCUAAAGGGCUCAGUGAGAAGUAUGUGACACUCGAUAACAGCACUGGGGAGUUGUACACAUCAGCAGAGGAGUUGGACAGAGAAGCCCUUUGCCCACAGAAUCCUGGUGUCCAGGACUGUGUCCUUCUUCUUGAUAUUAUCAUUUUGCCACAGGAAUAUUUCAGGCUUAUCAAAGUAAAGAUUGCAGUCAUUGAUGUGAAUGAUAAUGCUCCCAUUUUCCCUGUGUCAGAGAUUUAUAUUACUGUCCCGGAGAAUGCCCCUGUUAACACCAGGCUGGUUAUAGAACAUCCUGCUUAUGACCCUGAUGGAGGACUGAAUGGGGUCCAAACCUACAGGUUAGUUGACUAUUAUGGUGUUUUUACUUUAGAUGUAGAAGAGAAUGAGAGCGGGGAGAGGACACCUUACCUUAUUAUCAUGGGUCCCUUGGAUAGAGAGGUGAAAGCGGAGUAUAAAACAAUUAUUAUUGCUGAAGAUGGAGACAAUCCACCACUUAUAGGAUCUGCCACACUUUCUAUUCUCAUUAGUGAUGUCAAUGAUAACUGUCCCCAGUUCACUGAAUCUCUGAUCAAUGUGACUCUUCCCGGAAACUCGAGCAUUGGAAUGAAGGUAACUACAGUUCAAGCUGUGGACAUUGAUUUAGGGAAUAAUGCCCUGAUUACAUAUGCCUUUAGUGAACGUGUUCCACUGUCAUCAAAGGAACUUUUUGAUCUGGACAAAUCAACAGGAAUAAUAAAACUUUCCAAAAAGAUUGAUGGCACUAUCCUUCAACAACAUAAAUUAACUAUUCUUGCCAAUGGCCCAGGCUGCAUCCCAGCUCUGAUAACCGUUAUUAUUUCCAUUAUAAAAUUCACACUGCGGCCACCUGAAGUUGUGCCUCGUUAUAUUGCAAAUGAAGAAAAUGGGAUUGUGUAUUUGAAAGAGUUAGAGCCUAUACAUUCGCCCAUUGCAUUUUUCACUAUUAAAGACCCAGAUGGCAAAUACAAAGUGACUUGUUAUUUAGAGGGAGAUGGACCAUUUCGAUUGACUGCAUACAAGCCUUAUACAAAUGAAUAUUUGCUUGAAACUACAAAUACUCUAGAUUAUGAGGUGAAACAAGUAUAUCAUAUAGCUGUCGUUGCACUUAGUUUGGAUGGGAGUCAAACUAAGAAGUCCAUACAAGUGCAAAUUCUGGAUGAGAAUGAUAAUUCUCCAGUUUUCACACAAUCCACUGUAGAAGUGACAAUUGAAGAAAAUAAUCCAGUCAAUGCUUUUCUCGUCAAAUUGCAUGCUUCUGAUGCUGACAGCGGAGACAGAGAUCAGAUUUCAUACUUUUUGGGAGCCGAUGCACCUUCUUAUUUUUCUCUAGACAAACUAACAGGAAUCCUUACAGUUUCUACGGUGCUAGACAGAGAGGAAAAAGAAAAGUACAGGUUUACUGUCAAAGCGAGAGAUUCUGGCCAGCCUCCAAGAGAAUCAGUAGCCACUGUUCAUAUUACAGUUCUGGACAAAAAUGACAAUAGCCCUCGUUUCAUCAGCAAAGAUUUUAGUUUUUUUGUCCCUGAGAACUUUCCAGGCUUUGGUGAAAUUGGAGUAAUUAGCGUCACAGAUGCUGACUCUGGACAGAAUGGCUGGGUAGCCCUUUCUAUAGUGAAUGGUAGUGACAUUUUUGUUAUUGACACUGGUAAAGGACUCCUGAGGGCAAAGGUAUCAUUGGAUAGGGAACAACAGAGUUCUUAUACUCUUUGGGUUGAAGCUAGUGAUGGUGGUGACCCUACAUUGUCGUCUACAGCUAAAAUAACUAUUUUGCUUCUGGAUGUAAAUGAUAACCCCCCAUUAGUCUUAUUCCCCCAGUCUAACAUGUCCUAUCUUCUUGUCCUUCCUUCUACUUUGCCUGGUUCUCCGGUCACUGAAGUAUAUGCUGUUGAUAAGGACACAGGAAUGAAUGCUGUUAUUGCAUACAGUAUCAUAGGAAGACGAGGGCCCAGACCAGAAUCAUUUAGGAUAGAUCCUCAAACAGGAAACAUAACUUUAGAGGAGGAACUGGUGAGAAAUGAUUAUGGUUUAUAUAGGUUAUUAGUGAAAGUAACUGAUCAUGGAUAUCCAGAGCCACUUUUCUCCACAGUUAUGGUUAAUUUGUUUGUAAAUGACACUGUAAGUAAUGAAAGCUAUAUAGAAAGUUUACUAAGAAAGGAUCCUGAUAUUAAUAUAGAAGAAAAGGAGCCCCAAAUAGCAAUUGAACCAACUCAGAAAAAGAUGGAAGCAGAUUCCUGUGUCCCUACACUGGUAACAUUGUCAAUAUUCUGCUUUGGGGCAGUUAUCUUAGUCACUCUAAUGGCAAUGUAUAUCUGCUUGAGGAAAGGGAAAAAAGAUCACAGGAAAAAUGAAAAUCUGGAAGUGCAAAUACCACUCAAUGGCAAAUUAGAAUUCCAUUUACUUGAUAAAAAGCCUAUUGAGAUUUCGAAUAUUUAAGAAAAAAAUUGCUGGCAAACAAUCUGACAAAUUUUGGAGGAUGAAAAACUAAAAAUAACACAAUGUGUUAAUAAUGGUUAUCAUGAAGGACCACUAAUUUAUACCAUAUAGUAAUAUAUAUGUACAUAGCUCUUUACAGCUUUUUUAAUUAAAGCUCCAAUUCUUACAAAACUUGUAAAGAUUUUUAUACAUAUGUAAAGCUCUGACGUCAUCAGCAAUUUUGUAAACUUAUACAAUGUUUGUCAUAUACCUGUGAUCUCAGAAUAGGUCAAGGUUAGAAAUCUGUGAGCUGUUGGUCAACUGUGUGUACAACUAUUAGCCAGCAGGUGGCCCAGAACUAUUGAAAAAUAAAGGUAUAUAUUUUUUAAUGUUUUAUCAUCAUAUACCAUUUGCAUAAAAAUAAACGUAACCUUUCUAUAUUUAUAAAAUGUGCUAAAAAUAGACACCUUUGAUACACUGAAUGUAUAUUAUUGUACCUCAAUUUAAAAUGCAUAGGUUUAAAAAAAAAAGAGGCAUUUUCAAGAAGUGCAAUUUAUUUUCAAACGAAGAUAGACAACACAUGAUGCAAAGUAUUAUGUAACUGACUUUGUUGAUAGUGUUUGUGAAAGGUUUAUUUUUAUCCACUGUAUUUAGUGGAUUAGAGAUUUCACCUACAGUAUUUGGACAUAAAGGCUGAUGUAUGCACUUAUGUGACAAUCAUAACCCACAAUGCUAGUCUCUGUAUAUUUAAACUUUUUUAUUAACAAAGCAUUAUUUCAUGUCUGUUAUUUUUAAAUGUCUAAAUGAGCCAGUUUUGUAUCUCACAGUUUCAUUUACUCCGUCCAAACACGGAUAUAUUUUUUAGGGCAGAGCUAUCCAGUAGCACAAUGAUAUAUUCCUUAUUUAUUCUUUAUGUUCAGCUAAAAUGUGUUUGUUUUUUGUUUCUGCAUGAAUGGAACACCUUUUUUUUAAGCAGGAACAGAUUUCCCAUACAGUUUAUUUCAUUGUAAGACAGUAAUUAUAGCAAUACCUUUUAUGGUGAGGGCUAGUAUUUAUUUACCAAGCAUUGUGCAACGUUAGAAUCCUCAUAUUUGGUAAGUAUAAUCAAUUUUAAUUAUGAUUACUAUUGAGCUUGGUAAAUCAGCACUUAUCUGGCCUCAGUCUGUUUACCGAGACAUUGACUAUAAGCACUGAUUGUCGUCCACAUGAGGUUUCAUUGUAAAUAGCAAUCAGAAAAGCUACUGUUUUUGAAUAUAAAGAGUUACUGAGUUUUAGCAUCAUUUCUGUUAUGUACCAAAAGUGUUU